UCAGGAGGUGACUUGGUGUAACAUUGUAAGGAAAAUGGACAUUUUCCUUUCAGAGCGGUUACCGGUAAUCUCAGGUGGCCAUGUUGGGGUAGAGUCGACAGCCUUUAUGGGCAGGUGUGUUACCUGCGGCUCCCUCAGGAAGCACUUCCUUGGGCUCCAGUGCCACAGCUGGCAGACACAGAUGCGAUGAAUCAGACGACGGAAAACAUCAUGUAGUGGUCUCAUAGUUAUCACUGCCUUCAGUUCCACUCCGCCUUUGUUUUGGGAGCUUAUGCCCGCACGGGUUUUUGGUGGCACACCAAGAGGAUUGCUUCCUGAUAAUAAGAGAGGUGCGUCUUCUUUCCAUUCCAGUGAUUGACUGCGCACGGCUUUCACCGCCGGAGCUGGGGCAUUGACGCAUUGUGGAGUCGACAGGGGGUAGCACUGCAACCCCGGCUUCGCUACACACACGCAUCUAUCGGCGAGACCGCGAUGGCCGUGGUGCAGCACGACACGGAGGACCGUCAACCGGAGAACGGCUUCGUGUCCCCCGAAACCACGUCGCCGGGGCUGCUGACACGCAUCGAUGGGUCUGUCCUGCCAUUUCUCGGGGGAUUUGGGAAGUACCAGAAACAGCUGAUCGUGUUGACAUGUAUUCCGGCGUUAUUUAUUGGAUUCAGCCAGUACUCUGAUUAUUUCCUCCUUGCCCAGCCAAACAACACAUGUAUCCAGCCUUUGGCAAACCUGACUAACCAGUCUCCUGGCCAUUCUUCAUUGUUAGGCGGUCCAAAAAACAUGAGUGCGCGGCCAGUUCAUAUUUAUGCCAAUAGAAGCUCCGGCACCCAUAAUGACACGACCGGCAUGCAGUGCAAAUGCAGUGAGUGGACAUUCGAGCUGCACACAGGACUUGUGCAGAACGUGGUUACCAAGUGGAGUCUGGUGUGUGACGCAGCAUGGAAAGUCCAUAUCGCAAAGUUCUCUCUGUUGGUGGGGUCAAUCUUUGGAUACCUGGUGCUUGGAAUCCUUGCUGACUGGUUUGGCCGCCACAAAGUGCUGAUCAUGUCGGUGCUGUUCAUGCUGGUGUUUGGCCUCACUGUGGCCUUCUCCGUCAAUGUCCCUAUGUUCAGCACCCUGCGCUUCUUUGAGGGCUUCUGCCUGGCAGGGAUCGUCUUAUCUCUCUAUGUCCUCAGGAUUGAGCUGUGCCUGCCAGCUUGGCGUUUUUCAAUGACCAUGGUGGCCAGUUUUGUGGUAUUGGGUGGUCAGCUGCUGAUGCCUGGGGUGGCUUACCUCUGUCGUGACUGGCAGGUACUCCAGGCUGUUAUCAUCUGCCCCCUGCUGCUGAUGCUGUCCUACAUCUGGAUCUUCCCUGAGUCACUGCGUUGGCUGCUGGCCACUCAGCAAUACUGCCGCUCCAAGUGGAUCAUGGGACAAAUAGCAAAGAUAAACGGAGUGAAUAUGGAGCUUGACCCAGAUAACAUCCUUCCAGAACUGCAGAGAGCUCUUCAAAAGAAACCCAAAAAAACAUGCAUUGUGAAAAUGGUUGGGACAAGAAACCUGUGGAAGAAUAUUGUUGUGCUCUGCGUCAACUCGCUAACAGGCUAUGGGAUCCACCACUGCUUUGCCCGCAGCAUGAUGGACCCUGAAGCCCAGGAAAUCACCAUGUUCCAUAACUUCUAUGUAGACUAUUACACCAUGGCAGGCAUUGCCGUGGCGUCCUGCAUGGCACUGUGCCCAGCAGUGGGUCUGAUGGGCCGGCGCGGUGGCCUUCUCAUGUUCAUGAUAAUCACUGCCCUAGCAUCACUACUACAGCUUGGCUUGCUCAACUUGCUUUGGAAGUACAGUGGCCAUCUGAAUAUAGAUAGCUCAGGUACGCUGAAUAAGAACUUCUCCAUCGCCUUCUCCAUCAUUGGCAUGUUCUCCUCUCAUGCAGUCAGCAACCUGAGCAUCUUCUUCUGUGCUGAGAUCACACCUACUGUGAUCAGGGGUGGUGGUGUGGGCCUGGUCCUGGCCAGCGCUGGUUUCGGCAUGCUGACUGCACCCAUCAUGGAGCUCCACAAUCAGAAGGGCUAUUUCCUUCACCACAUUAUCUUUGCCUGCUGCACUCUCAUCUGCAUCAUCUGCAUUCUCCUGCUGCCUGAGACACGCUACCAGCCCCUCCCUGAGACCCUGGCUGAUGGCGAGAGCUACACUCGUCAACCUCUCCUUCCUCCGAGAAAACCUGGGGAACAGCACCUCUUGCUGGCCCGGUCUGAGAACAGCAGGGACUACACCAGGGUGCAUGACACGGCAGCUGCCACUGCAGUGUCCACCAUGGGCUCCACCGCCUCUUCGGCUGUUGAUCUGACUGCCCCGUCAGUUGGAGAUAUGCCCCCCAUGUUCAUGAAGAUGCACCCUGGCAAGCCUGAGCCUAAAGACCCCAAUGGUCAUUCAGUGUCAUCUUUAUCCACAAUCCCCAUCACAGCCUUGGGUAAAGAUGGCAUCAUACAUGCCAGUAAAGAGCACCUGCUGUCUUCCACUCCUUUACACAAAGUCCCGUGCAUCACAGACCCACUUUUAGCCAAUACCGAAGUAUCUCCAGCAAUACUCCCAAAUUCUGUUAAGCCCUUGUCAAAUUCUGCCCCUCCUAAUAUAAGCAACAGUAGUCCUUCUCCCACAAAAGCUGCCAACCUGGACCCUUCACUUGACACUUCCACUCCCCCUGACCCUCAGAGUGGGCCUGCACCUUUAUUGAUCAGCACCACACCUACCAUUGAACCCCCACCUACCAUUAUGUUAGAAUCCCCAAACCCCCAAAGUAAUGAUAUUGACAAUAUCACCCUGAAAUUUGACCCAGAGGACACUCAUGUUGCUUCAGCAGACUCCCCUACUCCUUCUACACAUGAUAGUCUUGCUUCAUCCCCCACUGCCUCUCAAGUUCCUCUGACAGACUACAAUGUUUCCACUGACCUUCCACCCUCCAUUAGCACCGACACUGACAUUCCCAUCCAGUUAGAAACACUAGAUGAAUCUUCAGCUCUCCCUUCAACUAGUGACGCCCCCACACCUCCUGUCAUAGACUCCCAACCACCACAGUUAGACUCUACCUCUACUUGUGCUGAUGAUAUAUUUCCUCAUUCCACUACUCCCAGUAGACCAGUCACUGCUUCCUCGUCACCUGUUCCUCCCCCACCCACUGACUCAGGCCAGAUGGCCUCAGAGGACUCCUCUACACCCCCUGUCAUAGAUGAAGCCAGUGCCAUUCUCCCUGUCAAAGACAGUGUGCACUCCUCCACUCCAGAUUCAACUGCUCUGACUGUCACAGACAUUUUACCAGAUUCAUCUGCUUCCCUCAUCACAGAUUCAGAACCAACUUUAAUCACAGAUUCAGGCUCUGCAGAAGAAACACCCCGCUCUAUAAUGGAAUGCACAGUCUCCUCGCCAAUAGACUCUGGUGUUCUCUAUAGCAGGGACAGUUCCAGCACAGAAAACAACGCUGUCAAGGAUGUGGCGACAUCAUGACUCAGUGUUGCAGACAGGAAAAAAGCUUUAUUGUUGCACCGGAAGGCAACCCAUGCCACACAAAUACCUGGGAAGUUGGGAAGGCAAGAACUCUCCUACUCAGACUUCAGGUACUUGAUGAAGACUGUCCCCACCUGAAGCUGAUUAGACAUGUCUUACAGAGUUGCUGUAUGCUUCUCAAUGCCACCCCCACCCUCCCCUUCCAUUUAGCUAGACCAUUCAAGUGAGAGAGAGCGAAAGGCUGGUAUGUGACAGUGUGACAGUAUCGUCUGUGUGUGUUUUUUCUUUUUUGAAUGUCACUGGAAAUCACCAGCCUCUAAACUACUUUGAUGUAAAUGAAUGGGAAAAUCACUGUCUGUCCUUUUAAAGAGACUUCAAACUUAAAACCCACAAUCACUGAGAUGUGUCAUCGGGACUUUUGAGAAAUGCAAAAAAAAAAGUUUAACAUUUGUAUAAAAAUAUUACCGUACCUGUGGAGACAAGAAGAUCUGAAUGUUACAAAGAACUUUUUGACAUUAUAGAGGUAAACAAUUCAAAAUGGAGUGACCCCCUCCACCCUUUAAAUACAAUGCCAAAAGCUACUGUACUCUGACCAAAAUCAAAUGUAGACAUAGUGCCAAAACAUUUGUAUUAAAACAGUAUUUGCCUGUUAAAGGAAAAACCAUUUUGUGUAGUCCCCUCCCGUAGAGCAUAAGUGAAUUAAAAUGAAUCCUAUUUCAAAAUUCAGACAUACAAAAAACCUUUAGUUUCUCAGUAAGACUGAAAACUGUAUUACCAUUUGAAUUAGAGUUGAGAGGUGAGCUUGACCUAAAGUGCUUUCAUCAACACAUGGUUCAUUGUAUAAACAGUGAUAUUAGUGGAACAAAUGACAUAUUUUGUCAGUCUGGGGAAAAAAAAACAACUUAUCUUUCCAGUUGUUUCACUCAAUGAAAUCUAUGGUAUGCAAAUGAUUUUAUUUGUAAAUGCGAUAUUGUAAGUAAAUGCUUAAUUAGUUGUUAAGCUUGAUUCAGUUUUUUAAAAUCCAAAGUGUUAAUUUGAAUACUGCCCUUAGUGUACAGUCUUGCAAUGUUUGUGGC